AUGGAGGCUAAGAUGGACUACCAACCAAUCCAAGAUGAUGAAGAUGCUCUAGAAGCUAAUGGAGCUAUACAACAAUUUGCUUUCCCUCAGAUUGAUUUAAACAAUCAGUUUCAAAAUGAUUAUAACCAACAACAUGAAGACCUAAACCAUCUACUGUGCGAUACUUGUAAUGUAGGCGUGCACCAGAGUUGUUAUGGGAAGGAUCUGGGGAAGGGAGUUCCAGGAGGAGAAUGGAAUUGUGAGAGGUGUGAGUUUGUGUGGAGGAAGAAGAGAGGGGAUUUUAGGUGUUGUGUGUGUAGGUUGUGAAGGAAGAGUGAGGGGUGACUUGUGAAAGUGCAGAUGUGGUGGUAUCAUGUGCAGUGAGUUAAUUGGACUUCGGAGAUUUAUUUUGAGGAUUAUGGGAGUAAGAAGAAGUUAGGAGGGAGUUUAGCGAAGGAAGAGUGUAUGCAAGUGCAGAAAGAUACGUGUACGUACUGAAAUAUUGAUGAUUGAUAUUGAAUUAAGUGUGAUAUCUUAGAGUGAAAUGAGAAGUUUUGUGUGAGAUGUGCCUCCAAUAAAGGCAUUAUUAGGGAAGAUACUCUGAUGGAGUCCCAUAAACAUCCUGAUAUGCAUGAUGUGGUCUAUAUCUUUUGCGAAAGGCAUAUAAAUUAUGGAGUAAGUUUGGUUCAGAAUAAAGAGUUUAAUAAACUGAGAUUAGAUCCCAUCGAAAUAGAAGAAAAUGCAAAAGCCAUUUUGGAGAAAAAGGAGAAGAGAAAUAAUAUUAAAAAAAGAAAUGAAAGGAUGAAGAAGAUUAAAAGGACAAUUAAAAAAAGGAAUCUAACACCCUCCAGCACAGACAGUGACAGUAGAGAAAAUGGCUAUUCAGAAAUAAAAGAUCUAAAAAAAGAGUUAGAUUCUUUAAAGUAUCAAUAUUCUCAAGUUUCAAACUUAUUGAUCCAGGGAAUGCUUGGAAAAAAUGCUAAUCCCCAAGAACUUCUUUCUCACACAAACAAUAUUGUUGAAACAAUGUCCAAAAACACUUCUAGAAGGAUUAAAAAAGUUUCAUCAUCCAAUGUAAAAACAUCCCGCAGAAAGAAAAAGAUCCAAAAGCCAAGAUGCGAAACCCAUUCCAGCCUCAGAAAUUGAUCAAAACAACACUUUUAGACAGAUGAGCCAAAUUUCUGAGCAACUAGAUAAUGUCUCCCUUAACUCUAAGACCAAGAAAAGAUCAAGAAAGGCAGAAGCAAAAAAGCAAGAUAUUCCUAUAUUAGAUAAGCUCGCAACAUUUAAAGUACUCGACCAAGCCGCUACCUAUUUUUGCCUUACUGACGAAAUCUACACAUACCAAGAACUCCAGAAAGAAAUCAUUGAAUACUUCGAAAAACUCGGAAUGUACGACACUAGCCUCCAAAUCAUCAAAGUCUAUCUCUGCCCUCGAGCUAGGGCUCUCUUCCAGUGCGAUAUCGUCCCUAAAGACAGCAUUGUCGAAAAGCUCUUCACUAACGCCAAAAUAGUCAACGACUCUGCCGAUUCCUCUAUGGAAGACUGCAUGAUUCCCUCUACUGCCUCAGCCCAGUCAGAACUCCCCAGUGAGCAGUCCUCGCUUUGAAAUUCAGAACUGGAAGAGUUCCUGAAGAAGUAUAAUCUGUCUUCAGAGGAUUUGUUGAAGAUAGCGAGUAAUCCUCAGCUGAUGGGGCAGCUGGAGGGAUUUCAGUAGGUUUGAGGGAUUUUUUAAGGUAAUUUUU